GAGAAUAAUAAAUAUUGUGAAUGAUUCAUCCAGGAUUAUCCGUUGUUGAUUAUCAAUAAUUCUAUGAAUAAUAUCCAUUAUAUUAGAGUGCUUAUGAUUUUGCAAUAUACCCUCAAUAUCAUUACACCCCUUCACCCAUUAAUUCUGAACUAAACGAGGAUCUUAAUAGGAGGAACAAGAGUAGAAAGAUCAAAAACAAAUAGCCGAAGGAAUUAUUGCCAAAAACUAAAGAUCAAGUUGAAAAACCCAUCGGAUCGAAAGAGGAGAUCAAUUAAUAAAUCAUACAGCCAUAAUAUUAAACUGUGGAUCUCUCAUAGGGACCUCUUCUUCCUAAAUUAUAAUCUCAUUUGACAACAGAGGGACAUAUAAGUAACUCUAAAUAACAGAUUAAAUCAAUAAAAUUAACGAAAAAAUAAAAAUAGGAGAAUAUUAAUAAAGGACAUUGGUCUGCUCUUGAACAUACAACUUAUGUUAAUUUCUUAUCACAAUAUGAGAAUAUUAUGAACUCAUCUUUGAUGAAAAAGACUUCGAAAAUAUUUAAAUAAAUGAGUGAAUUGAUAGGCACUCGAACACCUAGUCAAUGCAGAAGUCAUCAUUAGAAAUUCAAUCCUUAUGCAUUAAGAGGAGAUUAUGGUAAAAGGUUGCCAAGGUCUCAAAGAAGUAGAGCAGGAAGAAAGAAGAAAUUGCUCUUAAAUAAUACUCUAUAAUCUAACCAAUUCAUGGAUAGCGAUUUGUAUAAUUUUAUGUAUGAUAAAUAAAAUUACUACAAUCCAUUCAUAAUUGAUUAUUAAUUAAAUGAAUAAGAAAAUUAUAUAAUAAAUUAAAAUUAAUUGAUUCAAACUUAAAUUGAAUUCGAAGAUUUUUUAAAGCUAAGACAAGAUUAUCAAAAUUAUUUAGAAUAUUGA